CCACACGGAACACCCUCGGCCCGGGGCUGACUUAGACAGGAUGUGAGGGGUGGGCGGGGAUGUUGCAGCACUGCUAGGGUGUGAACCCCAGAAGAGCGCGUCCUGACAAACGUGAGCCCCUCCAGCUUGGUCUUCUUGAGCCCUCCCUGCCUGCUCACAUCAUUGCUGCCCUGGGGUUGGGGCUCCUCUGUCAGAACUGCCUCCUCCGCCCUGUUCCUUCUGUCCUCCCUGAGAGCAAAUUUCUAUCCUCCCAGAGCAUGGGUCUGAAAGGGACGGGAGGCAUCAGGAGCCAGGUCUGCGGGAUGAGGCUGUGCUAAGCAUUUGGGGGAGUGGAGGCGUGGGGUUUCUGAGCCUCCAGACAGGUGACCAGGAGGAACAGUCCUUCCCCUUUCAGAUGAGGAGGCUGAGACCCAGACAGCACCUGCGACUUGCCUUUCCUGGCUCGCAGGGUGAGGCUGGCGGGGGCAUCCAGGAUCACAGCCACCAGCUGGUCCUCGUUCCCCACCAGAGCCACUGUGUGUUCUCAUGUUCCACGUGGCUGGCUCUUAGGCUGCGUAAUGACUUUGAAGUCCUACUGGUCCCAGCCCCAUCUCAUCCCACAGAGUGUCUUUGGGACUCGAGGGAGAGAGGGAAGGUGUCUGUACUUCAGGGUGCCCUCCUUGCAGAGUCCUCAUUCAGGCCUGAGUGCCCCAAGUUGCACUCAGGGAGCCAGAGAGGGAGAAAGCUCUGGCUUGGCCUCCAAAGGCCACUGCAGGCACAGAGGGCAAGUGCAGCUCUGAAAUGGGGAUGCCCUCAGUUAGUGAGAAGGGGUGACCUCUAGGGACCCCCUUCCCGCCAUUGUGCAGCUCUGAGCUGGCUGCUGCUUGAGCGUGCUGGCCCAUUUCCCUGGGGACAGCUGAACUCAUGUCUGCUUGCUGGGGCCUUUGGGGCGCCCGGAUGGUGAGUUAGAAGAAAUCUGAGCCUGGUCUCGGUGUACCAUGUUAGAGGCGCCAUCAGAGGAGCGACCGAGGCAGGACUGAGGCGUGAAGGCUUCGGGCUCUUCUGGGCAGUUCUCGAGUGGCUCCAGGAUAGCAGCUCCUUGGGCUGGUCCCCCCAGAACCCCCUCUACCACCCUGGGGGGUUGUCUGGCACCCCCCAGGCACCCCUGGACUGCCCUGGGAGAGGAUGCAAUGCAAAGGCACACACAGGGAUCUGCUUUGAGGGCCUGACAUUUUGGAGUGAGCUGGGUUUGUUUGUGGGCUCCUGAAUGUGCCUGACAACAUGUAGAAUAGGUCAUGGUCCCGCCAGUAGGACAGUGAGGAAAACUGCCCCAAGGAGGUCUGGCUCCUAUCCAGGCCCACAAGACUUCACCAGGCCCCGCCAUGAAUCCAGUUUUCCAGAGGGGGGUGGGGUACAGGUGGUGAACUUUGUCCUGAAGCCUAGCUCCAUGCUCAACCCCAACUGCCCAUCUCCCCACUGGGCCUGUCUCCCUUGGGAGCUGGCAGGCAAGUUUGGGGCCUCCUAGAUGGGCGGUAGGAAGGGAGUCAGCACGACCUCAGCUCGGGCCUGGCCCUGAGGCAGAGGAAGCCUGGGUGGGCGCCCUCCGGCCACUCAGGAGGGUGGCCUGGGGAGAUGGGUGUCCUGGCUUGAGAUGGGGCGGAAAUCCAGUUGAACAUCCAAGCCUUAGUCUGCCUGGUCCAGCCCCAUGGCCAGGUACACCCAGGGAGCCGGUAGUAGCAGGGCUUUCACCUCCUUGACCGAGGUGGGUUAACCCAGGGUGGCAGACGUCCAGCUGGUGUGAGCUGGGGCUUCUUGCUCUGUGCCGGCCGGCCGGAGCAUCCCUAGGCCCCUGCGAGUCUUCCUUUAAAGAUGCCCCCAGGCUCGCGGGGUCGGGGAUGUGCUGGGCCAGACGGGACUCUGGACUCCGCGUGGCAGAAUGUUGCUCCCCCUGCCCGCUAUCUGCGGAGGCGGGGCGGCGGGUUUCCCCGAGGGCGCCUGACUGCCCCUCUUGUGAAGAGGAACGAGUGGAGGCGGCGAGGAGAGCCAGAGCAGGCUAGACGCCAGGGCCCACCGCCGCGCCCUCAUCCCUCAGAUGUCCCUUUGUCACCUGAAAGGAAAAAUGGGUCAGGUCCUGGCGAGGGAGGGGGCGGCAGGGCCGACGCUGGGUGCCUGCCCGGAGCGCGGGGCUCAGAUUCCCGCUUGGGCUCCUGGGCCCGCGGCGCCGAGUCCCCUCCCUGCCGGGGGUGGGCAGGUGGCCAGGGACACAGUGGGCCGAGCAGGUCCGUGACCCGCGCCUGUCUCUGCAACAGCCCCGACUUCUCACCUGCGCCCCCGAGCCUUUGGACCGGACCGAGCCGGGGAGCGGUCCCCCCAGCCGCCACCUCUGGGGCCGAGGAGUGGUGACCGUGCGGACCCGGGGGGAAGGGAGGAAGGAGAGACAAAGGCGCGCGCCGGCCCCGCCUCCUUGCGCCGCCCACCAUGUGUCAGUCAGAGUCGCGGCGAGGACCCGAGCUCCGCACGGCGAAAUGGUUGCACUUCCCUCAGCUGGCCCUGAGGCGGAGGCUGGGACAGCUGAGCUGCAUGUCCAAACCUGCCCUGAAACUGCGCUCCUGGCCCCUGACGGUCCUCUACUACCUCCUGCCCCUUGGCGCCCUCAGGCCCCUCAGCCGGGUGGGAUGGAGGCCUGUGAGCAGGGUGGCCUUGUACAAGUCGGUGCCAACACGCUUGCUGUCGCGGGCCUGGGGCCGCCUCAACCAAGUGGAGCUGCCGCAGUGGCUGCGCAGGCCGGUCUACAGCCUGUACAUCUGGACCUUCGGGGUGAACAUGAAGGAGGCCGCGGUGGAGGACCUGCACCACUACCGCAACCUCAGCGAGUUCUUCCGGCGCAAGCUGAAGCCACAGGCCCGGCCCGUGUGCGGCCUGCACAGCGUGAUCAGCCCCUCAGACGGGAAGAUCCUCAACUUCGGACAGGUGAAGAACUGUGAGGUGGAGCAGGUGAAGGGGGUCACCUACUCGCUGGAGUCGUUCUUGGGCCCCCGCACGCCCGCAGAGGACCUGCCCUUCCCCCCAGCCGCGCCCCACAGCUCCUUCAGGAGCCAGCUGGUCACGCGCGAAGGGAACGAGCUCUACCACUGCGUCAUCUACCUGGCCCCCGGGGACUACCACUGCUUCCACUCCCCCACCGACUGGACCGUCUCCCACAGGCGCCACUUCCCAGGCUCCCUGAUGUCCGUGAACCCUGGCAUGGCCCGCUGGAUCAAAGAGCUCUUCUGCCACAACGAGCGCGUGGUCCUGACCGGGGACUGGAAGCACGGCUUCUUCUCGCUGACGGCCGUGGGGGCCACCAACGUGGGCUCCAUCCGCAUCUACUUCGACCGGGACCUGCACACAAACAGCCCCCGGUACAGCAAGGGCUCCUACAACGACUUCAGCUUCGUGACGCACGCCAACAAGGAGGGCAUCCCCAUGCGCAAGGGCGAGCACCUGGGCGAGUUUAACCUGGGCUCCACCAUCGUGCUCAUCUUCGAGGCCCCCAAGGACUUCAACUUCAAGCUGCAAGCAGGACAGAAAAUCCGAUUCGGGGAGGCUCUGGGCUCCCUCUGAGCCUCCUGCAUGGCCAUGGCUGCUGAGGGUCUUUUCAAGGGGAACCUCUGAGGGUAUCUAGGGAGGGCACUGUCACGUCUAACCAGGCAGGACCUGGGUGACUUCCGUCUCUGCUUCCGGGGUGCAGAUGAGGUCGUCGGAACCCGUCGUGGCCUAGACCGCCAUCACACCCCUCCCACCCAGAGAAAGUGUGGGCCAGGAUGACGGAUUUUCCCUCUUGGAGACUUUUUAACAUCUCGUAUAAACUGGAUCUUUUACCUCCCGGCCGAGCAUUCGGUUGGUCCCGAUUUCCGUUCUGAGAUAAGCGGUAGUUAAGGUACCUUCUUGCUGCUCCUCUCGUCACUGCUUUCUGGCUUCCCUUCCCCUGCACAGGGUGAGGUGCCUCCUGGCACUGACUGUGGGCCCCACAGCGGGGCUGGUAACGCAGCUGCUUUCUGUCCCCAAACUUGCUCCGCCUUGCUUGUUGGGAAAGGCUGUCUUCUCUCUUUGCACUUAUGGCUGAACACGUCACCUGCCGAGACUCUGCCAGCAGCUUCCAAGGGUGGCCUCUGGUGGCUCGGUGCUUUGCAGGCCCUGGCGAGUGACCUUUUGGAGCUGGUAGGACCCAUUAUCGAGCCCCCUGCAGUGGUGGCCCAGCUGGGACCAGGGGCGAGCUUGUGUCCCCUCCCUACAUCCAGGCCUACGUAAAAUAUGGAGUAGUUGCUGCUAUUGAUCAGGGGCUUACACUGGAAACAAAGGAGCCUUGCUGUUGUCUUUGGUGUGUGAUGGAGGGGGGUGUCAGUGCCUAGAAAACCCGUCCCCAAGUAACAGAUACUAACAGGUACGAAGUCCUUAGGGAGCCAGUGAUGGGGGGCGGGGGAAGGGCCAAGUUUCAUGGUUCCUGGGGAUGCUGUGAAUUUCUCCUGCAGGAGAAGCCAUUUGAACUUUUUCAACUGUAUCAGUAGCACAGUAUUUUUGUAUGAAAAUGGGAGACUUCUGAACAGUGAUUCAUUUAAUUGCAACAUUUUGAAAUAAACUAAAAAACAUUGCCGCUCUGCA